CUAACCCUUUCUUAAUGAUUUACAACAUUCUGUUAGCCCUUCUGCAGGACAAAUGUAGAAAAACCCCUGUCACAAUCCUGGAGAUUUAUCAGGAGUCUUGCAAUCGGUUGCUGAUGUUUUUCAGUUGCUGGAAUCAGGAGGUUGCAUGAGAAUCCCAGCUUUAAUUUAAAAAACAAAUAUGGUUCAAAUGCUCCUGGUUGUGGAGAAAGAAAGCUUGAAACUUAAAGGCACAGAAGAAGAACCUACCUUUUUUUAUUUAUUUUUGUUUUUAAAGCCAAGCCCCGACUUUGGGGAGGGGGGUUGGGUGCCUGACUCAUGAUUGGCCUGGACGUGGCUAUAUCAAGAUUUUGAAACUUCAGUGUCUGGACACAAAGUGGCAUCACCCCCCGAGUUUAUUUGGGGCUGGUUUGCAACCAUUACUAUUCAGCACCGUACAUAAGCAGCUGGGCCCAGGCCCUGCUCCUGCCGCCCACAACCGUGGGGCAGCGGUCACAGCCAAGUACAUCCCUGGAACCAGGAAAGGAGGUUCUGUAUUCGCAGCCCAUGCUCCGUGCCUACAGCGCGCUGCCACUAGAUGGCGGGGAUGCCGCCCGAGGGGGGAUUGCGUUUUGAUUUUGAUCCCGCUAGCUCCCCGUAGUUCGCAAGAUGGCGGCGGCCGGGGACGUGCCUGUGCGGGUCUGUAACCAGGAGAUUGUCAAAUUCGACUUGGAGAUUAAAGCGGCGGUGCAGGAUAUCAGUGAUUGUCAAGGGCCUUUAAGUAUGCUUACAGAAUUAAAUGCCAGAGUAAAGGAAAAGUUUCAACAUUUACGUCUCAGAAUACAGGAGCUUGAGCAGAUGGCUAAGGAACGAGAUAAAGAAUCAGAGAAACAAGCCUUACUCCAAGAAGUAGAGAACCAUAAAAAACAAAUGCUCAGCAAUCAGACAGCUUGGAGAAAGGCAAAUCUAGCUUGUAAAAUUGCUAUAGACAACUCUGAGAAAGAUGAACUGCUACCAGGAGGAGACCCGUUAAGACAAAGAAAAACCACAAAGGAAAGCCUGGCAGAGAAUGCAAGUACAAUUACAGAGAACCUGAUGGGCAUUAGCAGGAUGAUGUCUCAGCAGGUCAAGCAGAGUGAGGAGACCAUGCAAACGCUAGCCAAUUCUUCACGAACCAUCCUGGAUGCGAAUGAUGAAUUUAAGUCCAUGUCGGGGACAAUACAGUUGGGGCGAAAGCUCAUUACAAAGUACAACCGCAGAGAACUGACUGAUAAGCUGCUCAUUUUUCUUGCCCUGGCCUUAUUUUUGGCCACUGUGCUCUACAUCCUGAAAAAGAGACUCUUUCCAUUUUUGUAAAAUUCCAAAGCACAUGGAUUACCAAAUAUUAUGAAAGACCAGAAAGGGAGAUGGGGUAAUAAUAAUGAGGUUCAGUGUAACUGGGAUCCAGCACUGUUCUAGCUGAAAGAGGGUUAGAGCAGACAGGUCUUUAUAUUGUAUAAAUGGAGUAUGAUACUGGCUAAGAUGUUAAGCGAGCUUGCUCGCACAUGUAGGGGCAGGAGCAGAAAGAAUGAGGUGGACAGAAGUAACACCCUUUUCUCUGCUGGGUUGGGGAAACAGAGAAGCACUUGGUGAUCCAGACAGGUGCUAGUCUUAAUUUUCAACCCUUCUCCCAUCUCCGCAUGAAAUAACCUGUCACUUAACAAUCUGAUCAGGAGGUGCCUUAUCAGCUGUAUGUAAGAUGUUGAGAAUUAAGCUGAGGAACAUGAGAGAAAAGAGGAUGGAUGCAAAUAAACAAAAAAACCCCAAACUUAGAUACAUUCCUUUAAUAAACUAUUUAUAGUGUCUGCGUAAAUU